UUCUGGUGAAGCAGAUCACGGAGGUGCACGUCAGAUUUCCCCUCGCAAGGUCGCGUCGUGUCCGCAGCUUGGGUGUGGAGGUCCCUUAUUAUGGGCAAAGAUGAUGUCCGUGUCCGCUCGUGCCGGGGCUCUUUCCCCGUACUUGCAGGCGACAAAACAGACAGUUAAAAGCCUCCGGUCCCUUGCUGCCAAGGGCUUGGUGUCUUCUGCUGCCAAGACGGUGGUCACCCAAUUUGUCUCCUCGAUGAGCGCCUCAGCAGAUGUCCUGGCCUUAUCCCAGAUUGAGAUCAAGCUCGGAGACAUCCCCGAAGGCAAAAACAUGACCUUCAAGUGGAGAGGAAAGCCCCUGUUUGUCCGUCACCGCACGGAGAAGGAAAUUGCAACAGAGGCAGGCGUGAAUAUCGCGGAGCUUCGUGACCUUCAGCAUGACAAGGAUAGAGUGAUUAACCCCAGCUGAGUCAUCGUCCUCGUUGUGUGCCCAUCGCCAACGCCGGAGACUACGGAGGAUACUACUGUCCGUGCCAUGGCUCCCACUAUGAUGCUUCAGGAAGAAUAAGAAAGGGACCUGCUCCUCUGAACCUGGAGGUUCCCUUUUAUGAGUUCCCUGACGAGGGCACAGUCGUAGUGGGAUGAACACUGGAGCCCUGUCUCAGUUCCUUUAUGUAAUAUGUACUUUCUCAGUGUGAGAGUUGAGUGACAUACCAUGUGUGUAUUUACUAUUAAAGAUAUCUUUCCAACUCGA